AUGGAUAAUCUUAAUGAUACCCAAGAGUCAUCCGGUAUUUUUUUUACUAACAAGAGCAUUGAGUUCAGUCCGUCCGUUCAAGACGAUUCUCUUCUGAACGCACCCGCCAGUGAAGAUGAUGUCAUCGGGCAAAGUAUGACGUCAGAGGGGGAAGCAGAGGAGGUUAGAACAUUGUUCAUCAGUGGCCUCCCUAUUGACACAAAGCCUCGUGAGUUGUACCUGCUAUUCAGGACUUUUAAAGGAUACGAGAGUUCUCUUUUGAAGACGGGAUCCAAAUUGGGAAAACCAACCACACCCGUCGGAUUUGUAACAUUCAAAUCAAGGAAAACCGCGGAUAUUGCCAGAAUUGAGCUUCAGGGAGUUAAAUUGGAUCCAAAUCAUUCCAGUCCACUUCGACUGGAUUUUGCCAAAAGCAACACAAGGAAAGUAACAAAAGUAUCCCGCCAGUUGUUCUCAUCUCCCAUUCCCAAUGCCAGACCUUCAGCAUUUGCUCACUCAACCUAUGCUUCUGUGAGAGAUUUUAAUUCUUCUCAGUUCUAUUCAGCGAACUUCUUACCAGGCAACCAAUGGCACAGUUUGCAAGCACCAACUAAUCAAAUGAUCAGUCCUUUUGCUUUCAACAUUACCUAUCAAUCAGGUAUUAUGGGAGGAGUUGGAACGCCGUAUGCAUACCAGUCAAUGCCCGCCGUGUCUCUUCCUUUUCAUCACGCAAUUAUGGCAAACAACUCCAACUCCCAUUCUAACUCACAAACUAUUGGACCAUUUUGCACACCACCAAGAAACCACUUUGGUCACCAGGAACAUUUGUCGCACAACCAAAGUUAUUCAAUGCCAAUGUUGCCUGACAAAGAUCCAAAUAACACUGAUAAUAAUUCCAAUGUUGGAUGCAUCUCUACCUAUGGAAGUUCAGGAAAUAUGUUGCCAACUGACUCUAUCGAUCCGGAUGGAGAUGGUGGGGGCGGGAAUGUCACGGGUGCCAACGAUACGAGUGGCAGCAGUGGAAAUUUUGACAUCUCCAAUGUUAAAGAUGACAGUCCUUCUGCGACCUUAUUCGUUUGCAAUUUGGGCUGUCAUAGCACAGAGGAUGAACUAAAAAAUGUGUUUGCCAGUAUGGCCGGAUUCGUUCAUUUGAGAAUGUAUUCAAAGGGAACAGAGUCAGCAGUCGCUUUUGUGGAUUUUACAAAUGUUGAGUAUGCAUCGGAGGCUUGCGACAAAUUGCAGGGAACUGUGUUGCCAUCAUCAGAUAAUAGAGGGAUAAGGAUUGAAUUUGUCAAAAAUAAACUUCGACAGAUAAAGCAGAAUAUAUCUGAGAAGACCCAGCAGACGUCCGAAUGAUCCUAUCCUACCUCACACUUAUUUCUAAAUUAAUUUUGUUGUUUUGUAUUUCAAUGUUUUUUUUACGUUGGUUUUAAAUUAAUUUAUUUAAUUUGUUCUGCCUUUUGCAUUUCCUUUUUUCACGUUUUGUUUUAUUAAUUCAAUUGGACACAUGCAAAGAUUAAUGAAUUUAAUCACAAUGUUUUAAAAGCAUCAAUAAGCCUGCAUAUUUCAACUUUUUAUUAAAUGAUUCACUAGGUUUUUUAAAAUUUGUGAAAAAAAUGCAAACGUUUAUUCAAAUAAGCCAAUCGAUCAAUGUUUAUAGUUAUAGGAUGUUUAAAAUUUUCAACGAUUUUUCUUUAAAUUACGGUUAUACUAUGAAAUGAAAAUUUUGAAAAAGAUUAUGAAAUUG